AUGAAUCAACUUAAGAUCUCCCUGACAAGCCAGAACCCUGUUACAGACCUUGAAGAAGAUUCUAUUGAUUGUGUCCCUGGAAAUGUUAGCCCUUUUGUUGAGAUUGACCUGGGCAGUCCUGCCAAAGAAAGCCGAUUAGAUAGCCUAUCAAAUAGUAUAGAGAUCGAUACUGAUGAUUUCAAGCAUGAUUGCCAAUGCGGUGACAGAAAAUGUACCAUAUUUGAUCAAAGGUUUUUAUAUGAGCCCAGAACACAGGUCCAAGAACUACAAGAAUGUCAGGAAGAUGAUAUUUCCGAGCAUUUAUCAGAAGCGGAAAGGGGUUAUGAAGAAGAGUUUUCACCAAAUUUCAUUUACACUAGUGGCUUAACUAGUAGCCUACAAGUUGAAUCGUCCGCGAUGCACACGCGUGAUCAAGAAAGUGAAGGCGAUAUGGUGCCAUCUUUGGGAGUAAGCGAUUGUUUCCCGAGCCUCACAGAUAUCUCAAGCAGCCCAGGAAUAGAAGAGCCUCCGCCACCAUAUUUUAGAGAUAAUUCACCUUCAUCUACGCCUGCACCACCUUAUCGAGCACAGCAUAUUCAUCGUAGAGAGACACAGGAUCGCGAGCUUUUGUUGCUGAGAAGAGCGCGAGAAGAUUAUAUUCAGUCCAAAAUCGAGGAAUAUUACAACCAUAUUCUCUUUACAAACUGGAGAUGGUUUAAAAUAGUCAUCAAGCAAUAUCACAAAUGUCCCUACAUUGGUUUUGAGGCUAAACUUUUCGAUAUCGGGGCCUGUCGUCUGUCAAAGGCCUUUGUGUCGAAUCAGUUUCACUCGUGGAGCGCCGCUUUUUGGAUUACUUUCUUCGUGUUCAUUGGCUUAAGCUCCCCUUUCAUUGGUCUAGAGCAAGAACCGUAUUGGCUUAGUGUACCUUUCUGCAUAUAUAUAAUGCUCAGUAUUCCUAUCUCAAUGAUAAAUAAUGAACGAGAAAAGAGAUCUAAAUUAUACGAAGAAGUAUGUACUGCGUUUGCUAGACUUCAGCCCGAAGCUCCCACCGAGAGAUUCUACUGA